ACCAUUUCUUCUCUCUUCCCCUCUACCCUUUGUUUAUCAACGUUUUCAUCUUCAUAGCCAAGACAUCCAAGAAUAGAAGUUGAAAGGUUUUAGAGCUCAUCAAAUACUAAUUCCUUUCAUUCAUGGCUCUCUUAAUUCUCUUCCUACUAACCUGUGUAUCACUUCCAUUGGCUACACCAGAUCCCAGCGACGAGUCUUGUUUAACUCACUUAAGCCAAACUUUGAAAGACCCCUUAAACAACCUGCGAAACUGGACCAAAUCCACCUUUGCGAAGCCUUGCAGCGGUUUCACUUCUUAUCUCCCUGGCGCCACAUGUAACAACGGUCGAAUCUACAAGCUUUCCCUUACCAACCUCUCUCUCCAAGGCUCUAUCUCGCCUUUUCUCUCCAAUUGUACCAAUCUUCAGUCGCUUGAUUUGUCUUCAAACUCUAUAUCAGGUCCCAUCCCUCAAGAUUUACAGUACUUGGUCAACCUGGCCGUGUUAAAUCUUUCAUCAAAUCGUCUAGAAGGAGAGAUCCCUCAGCAGCUUACGUUAUGUGCUUAUUUAAACGUCAUUGAUCUUCACGACAAUUUGCUUACCGGUCAGAUCCCUCAAGAAUUAGGCCUUCUGGCACGCUUGUCAGCUUUCGACGUCUCUAAAAACAAGUUUUCAGGGCAAAUACCAGCAUCUUUAGGGAACAGAAGUGGGAACUUGCCGAGGUUCAAUGUUACUUCUUUUGAAGGAAACAAGGGUCUUUAUGGAUACCCUUUACCACCUAUGAAAAGCAAAGGCUUGUCUGUUUUAGCCAUUGUUGGAAUCGGAUUGGGAAGUGGACUUGCUAGUUUGGUGCUUAGCUUUACUGGAGUUUGUAUUUGGUUGAAAAUUACAGAGGAAAAGAUGGCAGAUGAAGAAGGGAAGAUGAGUCAGUUCAUGCCUGAUUAUUAAAAACUUCCAUAUUUGAUUUAACACGCCAUUGAAGAUUACUGAGCUAAAAUGGAAAGAUUGGUAAUCCCAGGUAUGUUAUAAUUCUUCUUCCUUUCUUCUCAAUUUCGGUGAGGAAUUUGGGCUAAUCUCUUUUGACCGAGUUUUUUUUGGGGAGAAUUUUUUUUCUUCUUGUUAGUUUUCUUUUGGGAGAUUUUCUGUAGUAUUUGAUUUUCAACAAUGUAUAUGGAGUAAUUCAAACAUGAGCCUGCCAAUUUUCAAAUUGCAAUCUUGUUUUUUCUCCAUGGAGUGCAUGGUUUGAUGGAACUGCACUGUUAUGUUUGUUGGUGGCAAUGGCUUGGAGAAAAGAAAAAGAAGAAGAAAGAAAUUGGUGGGGACCUAGAUGUUUAAAAAGUACUGAGGACUGAAACACGGUUGCAUUUAUUAAAAAAAAUGCACUUUAACAACUUGGGAUUCUCGUGGGUUUGUUCAUGUGAGCUGGUGGUGCAUGGUGGGAGACCAGCACUGCCUCGUAGUCGUAUGUGUAAAAUUUGUAUACUAUUUUAUUCCUUACAACAAAAUUUUAACUCUUUAGGCUUUUGGUCAAAGCCCCGAACCCAACAUUCUGGACGGUUUCCUGCUUAGUUCCGAGUCUCUCACCGUUGCAUCUAAAAGAAAGUUUUGUUUUCAUGAGUUCAAGACACUUGGAUUUCCUUGCCCUUCUCUUUGGGUUCUUUUUUUAGUUUAUGGGGAAAAUUUCAUCGAGAA